AUGACCAUAAGACUGCCCUAUGACGAGGUCAGCAGAACGAAAUUUUCGCUGACGGUCGAUGUUCCGGGGCACUGCGACGACUGCGUUUUCGUGACAACCUUUCGUGAAGGCGGAUACUCACAGUUCUCCUGCAAGGUAUCCUUGCCUGCUGUCAGUUUGCUGUUUCGCAGAGAGGUAAACAUUAACCGGGUUUCAGUCCUUGGUCUGUAAACUUCUCCUACUUUGAUGGAAUUUUGUUAUUUUUGCAGAAACCCAUCUUUCCUACGUACACGAACCUGGAGGCAAUGAGAUUUGAACUGGUUAACAUCAGCGCAACUGCUCAAGUUAAUCUCGUUUUCGAGUCUAAAAAGUUUUCCGCCAUACACAUUACCAGACUCAUCUUCGUUGACCUCUAUGACCGACUUAAAAAGAAGGCAAUCGAAGGAAAUCAAAUAUCUUGCUGGAAAACUGCAGUCAUUUCAAAGGCCCAAGCAAUUUUUGACAGGGCAUAUUUACAAAACAGCAGGCUCAAGUGUUAUGCAUGAUAAUUCUUUAAAUCAACUACUCGACAGUUUUACGUUGCUGGCUUCUGUAGGUAUUGUCUUUGUUACAGAGGCGACAUUGAUGUGAGUGAGUUUACACUUUACUCCUUGAUCGGUUUCACCAACCGAAGUAUUGGAAAUAAAUACCUGGUCUCGCGAAGUUUUUUCUAUGGAUUUAAUUCAAGGUCAGAUCCUAUUACGCAGCCUUUCCUGAAACAGCCCAACUCUAGCCGCCUGUAUCACGGGAAUGGUGUUAAGAGGAGUUUUACGGACGGGGCCAUCGUAUACGGUGAGAAGGCGACCGCGGAAGUAGGCCAACAAAAUCGUAGAGUGGAGCACAACAGAACUUUGUAUGAGGUGAAAACUAACCGCUACGCACGAACGAAUGCGAGAAAUCAGAUCGGCCAGUCGCAAGCGCCAGCACAAGGUCAGGGCAUAGGUAGAGGUAGAGGUGUGCAGGAAAACCGCACAUAACGGAGACAUGGAUGCAACACUAUGGCAGUGCACAAGCAACGUAGACGGCAAAGCAGCUGAAAAUCAGCAAAUUUGAAAAGCACAAGGAAGGCGUGUCGCAGGCCAGAGGAUAUAAAAUUGUAAACCUGGCAUAACUGGGAUAGGUUGAUGGGGUAACAUUUGACAACGACAGUGCGCAGUGCGGAGGCGUGUGCUUAUGGUUAUUAUCGCAAAUAAAAAAGAUAAAUGAUGCUCUCCUUUUGACCCAAAAACUGUCGGAAGGCACUGCAGGAAUGAACCGCAAGUGGAUAAACCGACAAAGUUUGCCGAAUACAGGAGGGCCUUAACUCGCAAUAACCUGUUGAUUCAAUCUAAUCAUACCUACUGAAAGCAAAUCAGUAGGCCAUCGGUAUUAUAUCUUCAUGCCUGGCUGGAUAGUAGGAUCCUACUCAAUUUCAAUUGUCGGGAAGCUAGAUAGGUCGUGAAAAUGGCAUGCGAUUUCAGACGAGAUCUCUUGAACUUGCACCUGCUGAAAAGUUUUGUGUUUAAACCAUGACCCACACACGCUAACCAAAUUUCGCGGUUAAAAUCGAGGGUUCGAGUGAAGUCCACCUCCGGAUGACAUGAGUUUGAAUUAGAACUGUGUAUUAUGUUCUCAUGAACAGUUCGUGACCUAUCUAAUGAAAUGCCACUAACCGUGAACCUAAAUCGCUAUAGCGCACGAAACACCCAUCCCGCAUCCACGAAAGUUAUACUGCAUUAAAGAUGCGACCGAGCUUCAAAAUAAGGCACAGUUUGAUUUAUAAAGCAUUACUUAUUGACUAAAAAAUAAUUUAUCAUACGAAAAACUGCCAAAUCAAAAAACGACUCUAUAAAGUGUCAACUAUUCAAGGCAUAAUAUAACUGCCAGCAGAGAAGUUGCCAUACGGCGAGGGGGCACGGAGACUACCAAGUUGUCUAAGGUAGUUUGUUCUAUGUAAUUAUUCAGCACAAAUUCAAAUUUUGUUCCGUAGGAAGAUGUUUUUUUGCUUUGUCCCAGUUUAUUUUGACGAGUACAAAAGAUUUUCGAUGGGAUUUAGUUCCGGACUGCUGGCGAGGAUAAAACGCUUCGAAGGCCGCCGGCGGAGAGGCUGGCGGUGGUCUAAAAGAUAAGAUUAUAUACAUAAGCUGAACUGGAAUCAUAUUUCCUAUGAGCGGUGGGCAGGCGCACUAUCCUGCAACAUUACGUUAUCCAUUCGACAUCGAUAAAUGCCUUUGUAACCGAAGGCAUCCUUUACGAUGUCGAUGAACACAUUGCUAUUUAUCAUCUCCGCUGUUGAACGUUUGACCGGUCACCGUUCGAAUUUGAUGGCCAUCCAAACCACCAGGCGUCGACAGUUCUUGAAAUUUGGUAUUGCUAUUGUGUGUUGUCGGGGAAAGUUCUUUCUACAUACGACCACCUGGGUCGACUUCGGAGGCUUGUCUAAGCAUAAGACCUCAUCACUAAAGUAAAUGCUCUUCCAGAAGCAAAGUCUGUGAUCAAUAUAUUUUUGAGCAAACAAAAAAGGUUCUGUAAUAGGUUUUUUACUUGAGAAUGGCUUUGUCGUGGAGACCGAAAUCUUUCAUUCCUUUUCUAAUUAUGCGCAGAAAAGACACUGAAAUAUGUUCUCUGUAAACAGCCUUAAGUGGCAUAUAACGAUACUUUUUCAGUGUCCGACGAGUGAAAUCGUCGUCUUGCUUGCUUGUGGACCGUUUUGGACAACCUCUUGUUUUAUUAUUCAUAAUUCUCCAGAGAGUGGCCUGGCUGAUAUUAAAAAUGCUAGUCAACUACUUAAGCGGCAGCCCUUCGGCUGCCAAUUUUCGUAUUCGCUCAAAGCAACUUCCGAUUGGAACUGUUUCGAAACUUUGCUGCACGGCGUGGCAAAGAAAAGUGGCAGCAUCUAGCGCGCAAUCCAUAUAUACGUGUUUACGCCUACUAGUUCCUGGUGUAGUAAGACGAAUUCUGUCUAACAAGCCUAUUACUGUGUUUGACGAUAUAAAGCGUUGCAGUUUUGCCAAAUAGAAUUUAUAAAAAGCAAAUCGCUUUUUGGUUCACGAGAAUAAUGUGUUUUUACUUACUUGAGUUGAGCUGAUUUUCAUGAACUAAAAAUCACAAUUUGCCUUUCCAUAGUGCCCUUCUUUGAUAUUCUUCCUUGUUAUAUGAACGUUCCUUCAUAACGCAACGCGUGCAAAUAAGAGGUUUUAAUGGGGGAUACUUAUUAGAAUAGGAAAUUAAGAGGAUAUUCGGAGACGUCGAAAUUUGCCUAAUUUUGGUCCGUUUCUCCUCAAUAAUAGAGAACUGACAUGACUUACUCCUUAGAAAAGGGCUUUUUGAGAUUCCACUCAAUUCUAAAAACAAGAAUAACCACGCAAAAUUUAUGUCUUCCCACCAACUCAAAUACCGCUCUCAACAUUUCAUGAAUUAGGUCAUCUACUGUACCUUUGACGAUGAGCUGCAGCGAGAUUUGACAAGAUACUGCAAGUGAGAUGGUGUAUCCAGAAACUUCCUACAUCCCCUCCUUCCACCCCUCCACUUUCUAUAACCUUUUUCAUAGUUAAAAUAAUUUGUCCUUUCCUAUCCACCAUCAUUAGGAAGAGGCUUCUUUAGCACUUAGUACGAAAAGAAUUCAGAUACAUGCUAGCUGCGGCUUUUGCUGUCCAAUGCAAAACACAGCACGUGGUUACGAUAAACCUACAACUACUUCCAUGCGCUGGUACAAUAACGUUCUCGUGACUGGGAAGAUUAACCAGGCGGAACCCGUACGUCUAUGAUACAUGCCUCAAUUCACGACUAUGGUCUCUGUCGAUCGGUAAGUAAGUUAAGUUAGCAAGCAUGCUUUAACUUGAAAUCAUAUCGGGAGCUUUUAGCCAGAGAUUAUGGGGUCCCAGCACGACUAUUUAGCCCAUGGGUCGCUGUUUGCUACUGAAUUACCGCCUAGAUUAGGCAGUAUCAAGACUUGCACAUUAUGAAUUUGCAAAACGUGUUGUGGACCUUCUUGGUCCUUUCGUCCUCCUGCGAGGCCAAGCGUGCGUAAAAAACCGAUCCUCCUAUUUAAACGGACGUAGGCUCUCGAAUUUUCUGUUGGAAAACGACCGUGAACGCAAUGACCAUUUCGCUUAUAUUUGUGCAACGUUGGGUGUACUAUGUGGAGAAAAAAUAGAAAGGUUUUGGUGCGAUGAAUGAUCAGCAUUACGGAGUGAGUCAAUGAAAUAAAAAAAAAAUGGACGGCAUUUGAGUGCGAUAAACACACUCGAGCAAGUUAAGAGUGAUGGGAGGGAGCAAGGCUUGCGAGAAGGACUUGUGGGAAGAAUGGGAGGGAGGGUCACUGCAUUACAUGCUUUCCGCCUGUGCAUUUCGACGUUAGUCCGUGGAACGACUUCGCAUAUUGUUAGAUGGGGAGUCGCGAAACCGGAAGUCGUCAAAUUAGUUGAUACUUUGUAUCCGACGUUCGUAAGACGUAAACUGACUCGGGAGCGCCACAUGCAGCACCUAUCGAUGUACCGAAAACUCCAAAUUGCAGCAAUUUUCUGGCAUCAUAUGCAAAAGUACUUACAUGGGAUAGGAGGGAGGGCGUGGAACGUUUUGUUUACAGACAGGUUUUAUACUUCAGGUUUACAAGGAUGCCGAUUAUUACCAUUCAGACCGAGAUGAACCCGGAUGUCGGGUUGGCACGGCCUCCGUCCACGUCUCUAAUGGGCCAUCCCGACGACAAGUGUGAGGUUUAUCUGUUCAAAAAUCUCCGCAAAUGACAACAGCUGAAUUCUCGCAAAGCGCCGACACUCCGGUCGGCAAUAAACAAAAAUCACCAUCGCCAGCAAGAUGUUUACAGACAUGGGGUAGGGGUGGGAACGCCCUUAAAUCCAAUGACCUCAAUUAAGCUGCUAUUGCAGAGACCGCUUGCAUGCAACGCCGAUAUCUCACCUGGCUCAAAAUCCGUCAGCUGUCUUUCUCUGGAUAUUCAAAGAAGUGCAACAGCUGGUCGAUUUCCGAAGUAAUUAGACAUGUCGGUGCUGCGCUUCGGGUCGCGGAGGUGAACUAGUCGAAGGCACUCGACGACCUAGUCCAACCCUGUCCGCACAUAAUUCCCUCAUGUUCCUGUUAGGGCGGUGCCCUAACAUGCUGCCCACACGCCGUCCAAGUGUUGAUCUAGCGCCAACUCCCAACACGAUUGGAGGUUUACUCAGCCAGUCAACUGAGCCAGAAGUCCAGCCGACACCCCAGCCACGCAAGGCCACUACCUAAUUGGUCGAAUUUCAGUCCGACCUUGAGCAUUUCCAUAUGUCCUUUUUGUUUCACAAUAUAUUAAAUGUGGUAGAUUCACAAGGAAAUUCCUGUAACGGAAGAUCCACCCACGCCGAGUUCCGCAAAAAUUUACAUCAGUAAGGAAACUACCGAAUUUAAAAGAAGGCCUACAUAGUUGGGUUUGCAAGUUAAUAUUUACUAACAACAUUAAUCAAUUCUCACUGAAAACGAACAUUUAAAAAGUGCCUAUAUUAUAAACAAAUUACGUACAAGGAUGCAUGAAAUAAAGGGCGCCUAAUAAUUUUCCGUUUAGUGAAGCAAACAUCUGUCAAACAAUUUUUUACUGAGUUUUUUUAUAUGACAUGCCGCAAAAUUGCAGAGCAGAAUUUUUAAAGCUGAAUUCGCCCCUCUUAUCUUAAAAACAAUGCAUAUUCGCAUACCUGACUUCAUCUAACUUUUAUGAACGCAACAUUCAUUUUUCCAUUUUCCAAAGGGAUUUAUCUCUAACUACUCUUGUUUAUCUUAAUCAUCGUCUACAGAACAGUGCGCAUAAACAUGGAGUUUUUAACAGUGGAAGUGGGUAACACAGGAAAUCUCCUGCAUGCCGAGGAAAGCCGUAUUUCGCCCAAAUCUGGCGUUUUUCUUUUAUAAAAGAAGAACCGUCGGGAGGGCGUGUGACAGGUCUAUAACGGUUUCCAGUGUUGAUGACGGAGUGAAAACACCCAGAGGUCUUAGCGCACGGGGCAGCCCGCUCGUCAAGUAUGCUUUUUCAAAACAGCGUCAAAGUUUAAAAUGAAUUAAAGAGAGAGAGGAGGCCUGCGUGUGCCGGGAGUCGAACCCGGAUCGACUGCUUGGAAGGCAGCCAUGCUAACCGCUACACCACACACGCUUACGGCGCGGGCCAUGACAGACCAGACCUCUAGCAAUACGCCACCCAAUCGUUGGAAGGAAAUAUGCCCCCUGGGUGCGUGACGCGCUGCGUUCACGGGCUGGACAUGUACUUUUAGCCAGCAUGCUAUUUGGAAACUCUGAAGGCAUGCGCAGUGUGGCAGAUUAGGCUUUUUGCUGAACUCGAAAAUCCGCGAGGCUCGCAUGAGUAAGGUUGAAAAUUCUACCGGAAUGUUUCAAUUAAGGUCGAAAAUCCCACUGACCAAUACGGAAGGCUAUGUUCCGCACACCCCACAUGUAAUUGUCGGCAAGAUCCUAUUUCGUAGCCGUACGUGUUAGUGGUCGGGGUUUUGGGAUUAGGGUUUGGGGGUAGGGAUUGGGUUCAGUGUUAGGGGUAGGGGUUGGGGACUGGGGUCAGGGGUUAGGGUUAGGGGUUAGGUUGGGGCUUGUAGGUACGGCUACGAAAUAAGAUCCGACCAAACUUUUUAGAAAGAGGAAAGCUCAUUUAAAAAAAACGUCCCGCGCGAAGAGCAGUGAGGCAGCAUAAAAUGAUCGAAAAAAUGGUGGAUGCAGUGUGCACGUCUGUCAGUAAGACAGGAGUGUUAAAACGCCGGUGAAUUUGUUAAACAACAGUCGGAAUUCUCUUACCUCGCUAAUGUACUUAAUCCUUGCUAAAUUUUCGUGUUGAUAAGAGGCCAGCAUUUCAUGGUACAUCCGAAAAUUGCGCUGAAAAAAUAAUCGCACUGCUUGUAGCAAAUGACUGCAGACGCCAUCCCUUUCCUUCUUCUGUUUUACGGUUUAUCGCAAGUGACUGGUAUGUUGUCGGGAUCAGUAGUAAAUAAUCUGGGGAGCAUGUCCUACGGGAAUACUAGUCGUAGGGGUUAUACGGUCUUGGAAGCAGGUGGAGGUAUUCCGAGAAAGUGAAAUGGAUAAAAAUUAGGCGAGGUAUGCCUCUGCACCAUAUGGUUAGCUUACUAGAACAACCUACAGGUACAAGGAUUUUCAGUAAGGAUUAAGUAUAUGCGCGGAGUAAGAAAGAACGAUGGACAGCUGCCUACUGUAUUUUACAACGAAUGUGUUGUCCUGAAAAGUUCUUGGCCAGCCCUUCGUCGGUGGGAUGACAUCCGCUGACUUGUACCGUCUUGAGCAGCCGGUACUGCGGUAUUUUCUACAUUGGUUUAUUGUUCUACACACUCGUAGUCAAUUAUUUAGUUAGAGGAAGGGUUAGUUUAAAAAAAGACACGGCUCAGAGAGCAACCACAUGGUAAGAAUGCCUAAAAUAAUGGCAGAUGGAACGCAUACGUCUGUCAGUGAAGCAGGAUUGUUAAAAAUCUGGCAUAUUUGUUGAACGACAGUUAAUAUUUUCCAACCUCACGCAUAUAAUUAAUCCUUGCCGAAUUUUCUGUGUUGAUCAUGGGCCACUCUGUCAUGCUAGGUCUGACGAUUGUGUAGAAAAAUCCACUGGACUGCUUGUAACAAAUGACUUCUGACCUCAUUAUUUUUCAUCUUCCGUUUCACAGUCUCUUGCAAGGGGGUGGUGUGUAGUCAGGAUGAACGGCAGAUAACCUGGGGAGCAUGUUCUAUGGGAAUGAUGGUUAUAGGGGUUAUACGGGUUAGGGAGGCAAAAGUAUUUCAAGAAAGUGAAAUAAAAAAAUUAAAUUCGCAUGCUGAACCUCCAAACAUACUUGGAAUUUAGGUGAUAGAAAAGUUCGUGACUUCAAAAAAAUAGAGAAAUACGGUAGUCAGUGAGUUUCAGGCAACUGAAUAAACCGGCGCUUGCCGACUAACGUAAUGUCAGGUUCCGGGGGAAUCCGCAACCAAUGGUAAUGGGCAGCAGACAGUGAUCGUUAGUUGCAGAUGACGCAGGGCCUUGCGAGUGACACAAAGCACACCGAUUCGCAAGAAGAUGCACAAAUGCACAACAAGGAACAGGAAGAAAGUCAAGGAAUGUGAGUGAGCUCGAGAUGAAAAGGAAAAAAGGAGAUAUCAAGUCUAAUAAUAUAAAGAGGAACGACGUGGAUGUAGGUGCAUAGUUGUUUGUGUUAGAAUAAAGUCACCUUACGUAAGGACGAUCGUAGUGGGAAGACAAAUGGAGAAGUACUGUGGACCACCUUGUCUGUGUAGGUGCAUUCCUCCACUUAUAUUUUGAAGUAUCCAGAAAAAGCUUCUUUAGCAACGAACACGCGUGGGCGACGGCCACUGCAUGCCUAAUGAGCUGGGUUCGGAGGCUAUACUUUAGGAAAAUAAUAUUUUAUAAUGAAGCAUACCUGUGCAUUGUCUACCGCACUCCUUUCUUCAUCACCCAUUUAACCCUGAUACCUUACUUUUAAUAUUAUCACCAGCAUCAAGGGCUAAUUUGUUUUGACACAGAAAACACUUUUAUAGCGGAGAGCAAAGCCGACUUUCUCGGACUCCAGUCAUUUGACAGCCCUCUACCAGUGACCUUCCUAUGAAUUAACUUCCCUGACCUUCAAAUCCACAUUGUGUAUGUGGGAAUUUUUGGGUGAAUAUGAUGUACAAGCGCAAUUGAAAUGCAUUCCCAAUCAAAAAACCCAAAGUCAUUCGAGAAUAUGCAUGUUCUUCGCUUUGGAAACACGGUUGACCUCAAAUUGUAUGACCAUAAGAAUGCUUUUAGUGGUAAAGUAUAUUUCGGUUGGUUCGCAGUGGGCUACUUCAUCGUCACCGGUUUCAAAGUCACAAUUUAUAGUUAAUGUCAUCCCUUGCGGUUUCGAAUAUUGCCGACCGUGGCACUAAAGCGAAGCAUGUCUUAGAGCAGGCGGCCAACAACUUAUGGAACACCUGGCAGAUUUCUUCCACUUGCCAAAGACCGGUUCCUCUGGACUUUGAGGGCAUCCCAAUCGUCCAUCUCUACAAGCGGAGACGGAACCGCAAACUAUGCAACAGCCUCAGAGGUAGUACCCUCAUCAACGCCGCCGGGAAGAUCAUCGCUCGCAUUCUUCUCAACCGUCCUGAUAGCCCCUUGGAACAGGGACGUCUGUCGAAAAGUCAGUACGGUUUCCGUCGUCAUUGUGGUCUUACUGACAUGAUUUUCGCUGUCCGUCAACUGCAGGAGAAACAUCCGGAGAUGCAGAUCCAGAAACUGCCAAAGAUUUCCCUCUGUGUCGAAUGUCAGCCCUUGCGACUUUGA